CAGUUCUGUAUACAAUGCUAUUAGCACUGGUCGUGGUAAGUAUUGCGUUAUGGAGUAGUGGGUGUGCUGUGGACCUGUCAUUCCCUCCAGGGUUCCUAUUCGGGUCGGCCACUUCGGCGUAUCAAGUGGAGGGGGCCUGGAAUGUCAGCGACAAAGGCGAAAGCAUCUGGGACCGUUUCACCCACUCCCAAUCUGGUAACGAGGAUGGCAGUACCGGCGACGUGGCGACCGACUCCUACCACCAAUGGGAGAGGGACAUGGAGGUCGCUGCCAACUUGUCUUUGGAUUACUACAGAUUCUCCCUCUCCUGGACUCGGAUCCUGCCUAAUGGGUUCGCCAACUACAUCAGCGAGGACGGCAAGCGCUACUACAACCAGCUGAUUGAUGGGCUUCUGGCCAAAGGCAUUCAGCCCGUCGUCACGAUCUACCACUGGGAUCUGCCGCAGAGACUCCAGGACUUGGGCGGCUGGACGAACCCCUACAUCACCGACUGGUUUGCUGACUACGCCGACGUAGUAUUCUCUCUCUUUGGAGACCGAGUGAAGACCUGGAUCACCAUUAACGAGCCCAUGCUGUUCUGCGAUGGCGCUUACACCAACACCUUCCACCUGGCCCCAGGGGUGGUGGACCGGGAGGGAGUGUAUCUGUGCGGGAAGAACGCUAUGGUAGCUCAUGGUAAAGCUUACAGGGUUUAUCAGAAGAAGUACAAGGCGCAGUACAAUGGUAAGCUGUCUCUGUCCAACCAGCUGGUGUGGUAUGAAGCCUCGACCGAAGAGGAUGAGGUGUGGUUAGACAUCGCUCAACAGUACAGUUACGGACGUUUUUCUCAUCCCAUAUACUCAAAAGAGGGGGGAUGGCCUCCAGUGAUUGAGGAUCAUAUGAGAAACAAGAGUUCUUCGGAAGGUUUCCAUCAGUCAAGACUGCCUGAAUUUACCGAUGAAGAGAAAGAGCUGGUCAAAGGAACCUUCGACUUCUACGCUAUAAACCACUACACGAGCAGAGCCGUGCGCAAGCGCCGCCCUGGCGAGCCACACGGUGGGUUCCCUCUGACCGGAGCCCCUGACCUGGACCUCUUGUUUGAGAGGCGCCCCGACUGGACGGAAGGCAACGAGUGGCUGUAUAUUUAUCCAGAAGGUCUUCGCCGUAUGCUUGGGUGGUUGAGGGACCAAUACGGGGACAUCCCAAUCUUGAUCACAGAGAAUGGGUUCUCUACUGCUGAAGACAGCCUGGAAGACCACGACAGGGUCCAAUAUUACAGGCGUUAUUUGGAACAGGUGCUGCUUGCAAUAAAAGAAGAUGGCGUAAACGUGAUAGGGUACACGGCUUGGAGUUUGAUUGAUAACUUUGAGUGGAUGGACGGAUACAAGACUAAGUUUGGACUGUGCCAUGUGAACUUCUCGGACCCGCUGCGCACACGCACGCUGCGCCGCUCGGGGCGGUUUUACGCUGACGUCAUCAAGCGGCGGACUCUGGAUCUUGAUAGUGAUUAUAGAAAUUAUGAAUUUUAGUAUGUGUCUUAAAUAAUAAAAUAAAAAAAUUU